AUGGCAUGUGGCAGUCUUCCAUUUCCCAUGUCGUCGCCCCCGCGCCCGUCGUCGCCGACGAUGCGACCAGUGUACCCGUCGUCGUCGUCGCGCAGCAACUCGGUCGUCCGGCGCAACAGCCACGGCAGCCUCGUCGCGCCCAACAUCACAUCGACCGCCGGCGUCGAGUACGACUCGAUCCGCGUCCUCGACGAAGCAGUCUCGAGCCAUGGCACCAUCUACUACUCGGUGCACGUCUCGUGCAUGGAGAGCCCGCUCGACAACUACACGAUUCGCCGGCGCUACAACGACUUCAAGUCGUUCCACGCAACCUUGUCGCGCUACAUGCCCACCGCGCCGUUUGGCUUUGUCGCGUUCAAGGCCGCGAUCAAGUCGAUCGACGAGGACGAGCCUGACAGCACCAAUACCGCCAACAACAGUACGUUUUUGAAAGACUCUGGCGAAGACAGCAGCAGCCACCAUCCAACGAUGGACGUCGUGUACCUCCCGCCCAUGCCCAUCGGCGGCCUCCUCGCCAUCAUGACGUCCAAAGACACGCUCAUCCGCAGCCGCAUUGCCAUGUUCAACCGCAUCCUCGAAGCCGCGCUUGAAGAUGGCAGCCGACCGGUCGCUGAGGCGCUCCGCAACUUUAUCAAGGAGGCGCCCGGCGGCAGCUUGCACCGGACGCUCUCGAGCAUGUCCGACUCGACCAACGACAAGAAGCGCACCAAGUCUCGGUCCAGCUCGGCGUCGUCCUAUGUCUCGCUGCGCGACUAUGCGGCGCCCGAGCUGACGCUGAGCCUCGAGCGCGAUGCGAGGCGCCGGACCGCGUCCUUUGGCCGCCAAACCAACCGACUCUUCCUCGACUGCGCGAUCAAGGCGGUGGAAGCCGUCGAGAACGGGUCGGCGCAACCGCUCUCGUCGUCGUCGUCGUCGACGGCCGCCACGAGCUCGCCAUGCUCGCCAUACGAGACGAGCCUUUUGCCACCUACGACGAUCUCGGCCGCGCCGCCGUCGAUCGCGGCUUCAUGA